AUGCUAGUUCCAUACGAUACCGACCGUCAAGAGUGCAGUGCCCAUGGCUCGCAAGGAAAUGAACGCAUCAAUGUGGAUAAGAGCAUUGUCUAUAACCAGGAGUGCGUAGAUCUUGGGGAUAGUCUUUCAAAAGACACAGGGAAGAGCAGACCGAUGAAUGUAAGGCCUUCAAAACGAAAUGCUGGCAAGCAAGGCCAUUCGAUUCUUAGCAUACGGCCACUCAAGCACCGACCGAACAAUAAUACGAGGCUAAGACCUCUGGCUCCAUGCAAAGUGAAUCACACGGGUAUCCCAAAUGAACCAGGAGACAAUUACUUGAGCCAGGAAAUCAACCGCACAUGUUCUGACCAGGGUAACUCUCGUCGAGCAUCGUUGCCAGAUAGCCUGUCCUUCUCACCAAACAUGGGCCAUCCAAUAUUAGACCUUUCACCAGAGCACAACAGAAACGAGGGCACUAUCUCUAGACUUCCAACGAGCCCUCAACUGGACCCUGUGAUGGGCGGCUCAGCUCAGCGCAUGAAGACGGAAGUGAAACUCGAAGCCCCAGUCUCAGAGCUCCAAGCAAAUCAAGAUACCAUCAACUUGAUGAAAAGACCAGCCGAAGGCAAUAGUGCACCCCAGAAAAAAAGUCGAAAGACCAAAAGCCACAACGAUGUUGAGGAAUCAGACCGUGAUCGAGAUUAUUACUCUGGAAGCGGUGAGGCUGAGAAAAAGAAAGAAGAGACAUUCGCGUAUAGCUCUGAUACUAUACCCCCUCAUAUUCUGGAGGCUCUCAAGCUUCGUUCCGACAGACGCAUAUCGUCAGCGGCUCAGUGGGAGGAUAUUUAUGUGCUUAUUUUUGGGGCAUUGGAUACUAAACCGAAGCCGUUCUUGGAUGGCAUUGCUAAAGAGAUGACGGGAAUAAUUCGCGAUAUAUGGAGUCAAGACGGCAGCCAAAUUGUGUCAAAGUCUGUCCAAGAACGAGGCUUACCAGCUACCCCAGGACAACUGUUCGAUUUACUACCGGAGCUACUGGAUAAGGUUGAGGAUCGAUUUGAAAACAAGCCACUGAAGCAAGAAUCGGAUGAGCAGCUUCCUAAUUUCAAAGGGGCUAUGACAGAAACCAACAUAAGAGCAAGAGGCGACUCUGACGAGGGAUCCACGACUCUAGGCCAUUGCCCCAACCCCAGGUUUUAUGCCCCAGACUUUGAUUCCAUGUCAAACUCGGCUUUUCUACCCAGUGAUUUUCUGAAAUCAAUGUCCUUCGCUGGAAACCAUUCGGAUCUCCAGUCAGAUGUGGAAGCGUUCGGGCCAGAGGAGACUGACUCUGAGUACGCGACUACUAGCUUUACCGGACAUACAGAGCCAUUGAUCUGUAUGACAGCAUUUGAUACUGCUGAUAAUCCGUAUGAUAUCUUCCAGCAAGGUCCUUUAUCACAGACAGCUGGAACAGACAUCUAUGAAGAUUGGAUUGGGCUGUCUGAGGAUUACUCUCUGAACUUCUUGGAGGAAUAA